GGGAGGAUCAUUAAAGAGCCCUCGAUUUCCUGAGAAGUGCUGGACUUGUUUAUUUACUCUCUAGCUGAUGUUCAGUUCGGUGCUAUAUUCUUUGUCAUUUCUUUAUGCCUGCGAAAGGCGUAUAGCAAACUGAGAUUGGAAGAUCAAUUCCUUGAAAGGUACAGACGAUUGUUUCAGAAUGACACAGUGGGACCAAUUGCAGCAGCUGGAUACAGUGUAUUCACAGAGGGCUUUUGAUCUAUACAAUGGAGAUGAAUUCCCAAUGGAAGUCAGACAUUAUUUGGCGCAAUGGAUUGAGGGCCAGGACUGGGAGCGAGCUUCUCGAGACUCUUCCCAAGCCGCUUUCCUGUUCCAGGUGCUUCUGGAGAAUCUGGACAACCAGUUCAGCCGUUUUUCUCAAGAGAGAGAUUGUUUCUUACUGCAGCGUAAUUUCAGACGCUACAAACAAAACUUCCAUAAGUACCAAGAGGAGCCUUGUACUCUGGCUGCUAUUAUAAACUGGUUCUUGCUGAAGGAAAAAGAAAUCUUGAACGAUGCAGAGCUUGCCCUGCAAGUGCAGACGUUGCAGGUUCAGUCAGCUGCAAUGGAGCUUGAGAGCCACAGGCAAAUUGAAAAGAGAUUAAAAGACUUUAAAACCAGAAUAGAGGUGAUGGAGCACAGCAUAAGGUGUUUGGAGGAGCAGCAGGAUGAGUUUGAUUUUAAGUAUCAGACACUUCAUAUGGACUCUUGCACAGAAGAAGAGAAAAAUCGACAGCUUGAAGGGCUUCAGAAAAUGCUCAAUGCUCUCGAUAAGUCCAGAAAGGACUUCUUGUCGGAAAUCUCGGCUAUGCUGGACGUUGCUGAUACUCUGGGAUCAUCGCUCAUAGACGAGGAACUGGUAGACUGGAAGCGGAGACAGCAGAAGUCCUGCAUUGGUGCACCUGUUGAUACAAGUCUGGAACACCUAGAGAAAUGGUUCACUCAGAUUAUAGACAGCAUGUUCCAGCUCCAGAAGUUCUUACAGAAACUUGAUGAGCUUUUAGGGAAAAUGAGCUACGAUAACGACCCAAUCCCGAUCCAAAAACCUCCUUUACAGAGCAGAGUGGACACACUGCUGACGCGCCUGAUAAAGAGUGCAUUCGUCGUAGAGACUCAGCCUUCAAUGCCACAAGGACGAGGCCCUCUUGUGUUGCGCACCAAUAUCCAGUUCUCAGUCAAAGUCAGAUUCUUGUAUAAAGUUCCUGAGCUCAACCAUGUCCUGAAAGUGACAGUCUCUGUUGACAACACUGUGAAAGGGUUUCGGAGGUUUAAUGUGCUGGGUACCUUGAUUAAAUCCCUUAACAUGGCGGAGAGUAUGAAUGGGGGAAUGGUUGCUGAUUUCAGGCAUUUGACCUUCAAAGACCAGAAAGUUGGUGGUGGAGGAAAGGGGAUCAAUGAUCUCUCGUUGAGUGUGACAGAAGAACUGCACAGUGUAAACUUUCAGACACAGUUUGAUUAUCAGGGCCUGUCAGUCACUCUGGAGACCUCUUCUCUUCCUUUUGUGGUGAUUUCGAACUCCAGUCAGCAGCAGAGUGCCUGGGCGUCUGUUCUGUGGUUCAACAUGCUAUGUUCUGAUGCCAAGAACAAAAAGUUUUUUGAAAGCUGUUCUGCCGCCUCCUGGGCUCAGUUUGGGGAGAUGCUAAGUUGGCAGUUUCUGUCCUGUGGUAAACGUGGUCUAAACGAUCAACAGUUGCAGACACUUGCUCUCAAGCUGUUUGGUAAAGAACAGAACUAUGAGAACUGCAAGAUUCCAUGGACCAGAUUCAGUAAGGAGAACCUCCCUGAUACAAACUUCACCCUGUGGGUGUGGCUGGAUGGCAUUCUAAACCUGGUUAAAGUCUACUUGUCAGACCUGUGGAGUGAUGGGUCUAUAAUGGGUUUCAUCAACAAGGGGAAGGAGAGAGUUUUAUUGAAGAAGCAGCAGUAUGGAACUUUCCUGCUGCGGUUUAGCGAAAGCAUCAAAGAUGGAGGAAUCACGUUCAGCUGGGUGCAGUACUCUAACAAUGGGGAUCCGAGUGUGCAAACAGUAAGGCCGUUCACCAGUAAUGACCUGAAGCAGAUUGCUUUACCUGAUAUCCUCUGCAACUUUCGGAUCAUGGUAGCAGAAAAUGUUCCAGUUAACCCAUUGUGUCACCUUUACCCAAAUAUUCCAAAAGACCAGGCCUUCGGCAAAUACUACAGUGAAAAAACUGGAGAGGAGAAUCCUUACCUGAAAUACCUCAAGACCAAACUGGUUUUUGUCACCAAAAAGAACGGAUGCACAGAUGUCAAAGAGGGGCCAGUGUCUGACAUGUCCACACUGGACAGAGACCCUCCAUCUUCUGUUUCUGAGGUGGACGAUGAGGAAAGUGUCUUGCUCCAUAGCCCCGAGAAUUCCCCAAUGUUCUCCAGCUCCACCAUCGAUGCUUCUUUGCUCAACAGCAUUUUGGAUAAUGAUGGCGAGAGUCUUGUUCCUAAUGAUUUUGCUCCCCAGAUCUCACCACCACCAGAAAGCAGCAUGGAACCAUUCUGUUCUGACAUUGAUGUUAAUAGGGCAUUGCAAGAUUUCAUAGACAGUUCAAACAUCCUGAAUAGCCCACCCUUUUCAGGGUUGUCAGAUGAUCCAGGUAACAUCCACCUUAGUAACGGUUUUCAUGAUAUUGCCUACAACAUGCCGCUGACCCCAUAAAUUUCAUCCGUGACCCACGAUGAGGUUAGUUAAAACUUUCAUAGCUGUGAUUUAAGUUGUAAAUAACUACCAAUUAGAAUUGCAGAAAGUUUAUUAGAAUUCCUUUGAGUUUUUCGCAGUACUGAUUUCAUUUACUUUACCCGCAAAGUGUGUAAAUCUGUGUGUCUGCUUAUCCGCUCAUUUGACUUAACAGGGCAGCCCAUUUCGAAACCAACAUAGGCUCAUUCUGAAAACAUAGCUCUGUAUACGUUUCUGGAGAUUGUGGAUUAUUUAGCCAGAGAUGUGUAUGGCUUUAUUUCGUCUUCCAAAUAAACGCAACGGGUCACCUUUGCUUUUCUGGACUGCAAUCCCAGUGAUACCAGUUUGUUCGAUAGCUUGAAACGUACGUUGGCAAACUUUAGAUGGAGAGCGGAGUUGACCGCGAUGAUGGUGUUUCAAGUGUGGUGAAGAACGGUUCCAGAAAGCAAAUUAAUAACAGGGUGAGAAUGUGGUAAAAUCUGAAAAUGUGGUAGAAAAUCAAGGCUUUUCUUUUUCUGAAUUGCUUUUUAAAACACUGCAGUUGUGUUUAGGAUACGGGGUGGGCAGGCCAGUAGGUGCUUUUCAAAGUACUAUUGGUAAGGUUCAGGAAAGGGGGUGGGUGGGGUGAUUGGUCAAUUGUUCAGUCAGUCGGUGAGUUUGUCAACAGUGGCAUCUGGUGGAUUUGCAUGAGAAGAGCAGGCGUGAAUGGCACUCGCAAGAGAGAGAUCUCAAAAAGUGUACACCUCGGACUCUGGAUUCGUGAAAACAAAAACUGCCAAACAACUUGUGUCCUGGGAUAUAUUUAGCUCUCUCCAGAAUUGUAUACAAGAGUACAUAUUCAGAAUGAGCCUGGGGUGUUUAUAACAGUAAUAAAGGUAAUUGCAACCUUUUAUAUCAUAAUUCUGACUUCUUUUCUCUUUUGUAGUUUUUAUAUCUCAAUUUAUACACUGUAGGAAAUGCUGCGUACUACACAAUCAAUUUGUGUUAUGAAAACAUAAAGCAAUUAACUUAGUUACCUUAGCAGUUUUAACUAAUUUAACUGGAUCGGACAAAAUAAUUAAGUUGUCCCCCCAAAAAACUAAUGUGUUGUUUCAGCUCAGUUUAAAUAAGUAAUUUUUUGAGUUUAAAUAGAAAGAAUUUCAUGCUAUAAAAAGUCAGAGUUGUCGAAGUUAACUUGCAGUUCUUUGUAGAUGAAAAGAAACAUCUGAUUUAUGAGAUGUAAACUUGCAAUUGAUAGAAAAUAUGUCAGAACUGUGAGAAUAAAAGGUUGCUUUCAUUGUUAUUGAUUUUUCGAUCUUCUGGCUGAAACAAGCUCUCAUGCUUAGUCCAUUAAGGCACAGAUGUCAAACUCAACUCCUGGAGGGCCGCAGCUCUGCAGUUUUUCUCCAAACCUAUCAAACACAGCUGAUCCAAGUAAUCGAGGUGUUCAAAAGAGUCACGAUCACCUUGAUUAGUUGGAUCAGCUCUGUUUGAUCAGGGUUGGAGCAAAAUGUGCAAUGCUGCGGCCCUCCAGGAGUUGAGUUCGAGACCUAUUAUCUAAGGGGACGGCUGCAAAACUAAUGGCUAUUUACUGUUCUGGUUUGUAAAAUACACUGGUUAUAGUCAUUUUCAUAAGACCUUUUCUUUCCUCUUCCUUUUUAAAGAUAAUUUUCCCUUUUAGUUUUAUUAUAUUAUUAUUGUGUAAACCUACCAUAAAUCAAACAAAUACAUAAAACUGGCCUGGCCUGGCCCUGCCAUUCAUAAGCUGCUAGCAUAUAUGUGCCCCAAAAAAUGUUCUGGAGGGAAAAAAAAAGAGCACUUUUUUGUUUUUGGUAAGAACAUUGAAAUUACUAUGUAAUUAUUUUUCCCCUUUUUGAUCAACUUUUAUCUUGGUUGAAAGAAUCGUUUGUAUUGCUUAUUCAAAUUAACUUGGAUUUACUAGACAACUUAUUGUAAAGUCAUUGCGGUAACUUUAUUAUAUGUUUAAAGCACCUUUUGUUAUGUGAAUCAGACAUUAGCUUUGAGCUAAUAUUUCAAACAUCUUAACACCUAACCCUAACAGCAGAAUUGCUCAGCCUUUGUUUCUACGACUAGAAAAUACUCUUCAAAAUGACAGUAAAACUGUCUAGUUUAAAAGUGUAAAACACAGUCGUUGAUGCAGAUGUAAAAAUGUUAUCAAAUGAUGACAAUACUAUUUUUUAUAUAUACCCUUUUUUUUUUUAUAAAUAUCGUUGAGGUCACAAUUAUUAGCCCCCCUGUUUUUUUUCCCAAUUUCUGUUUAACGAAGUUAACUUUAUCUCUUCAACACAUUUCUAAACAUAAUAGUUUAAAUAACUCAUUUUUAAUAACUGAUUUAUUUUAUCUUUGCCAUGAUAACAGAAAAUAAUAUUUGACUAGAUAUUUUUCAAGACAUUUCUAUACAGCUUAAAAUGACAUUUAAAGGAUAACUAGAUUAAUUAGGUUAACUAGGCAGGUUAGGGUAACUAGACAAGUUAUUGCAUAACGAUGGUUGGUUUAUAGACAGUCGAAAAAAUAAAUAGCUUAAAGAGGCUAACAACGUUGACCUUAAAAUGUUUUUUUUUUAAUUAAAACUUUUCUAGCCGAAAGAAAACGAAUAAGACUUUCACCAGAAGAAAAAACAUUAUCAGACCUACUGUGAAAAUGUCCUUGCUCUGUUAAACAUCAUUUAGUAAAUAUUUAAAUAAAAAUAAAAAAUUAAAGGGGGGCUAAUAAUUCUGACUUUAACUGUAUAUAUAUAUUUCUUUUUUAAGUAGUAAAGUUAUUUCUGCUGCAUCUAGCAAAUAAAUCUGCCAAUUUAAAAAGUUGAAAAUGCACUAAAUUUUACCUUAAGUUUCAUUUUUGAAUCAAAUAUGCUGAAUGUCAAAUUGCUAUUUUAAGAAACAGAAUGUUGCUUUACUAGGAUUUGAGCCACUUAAAACACAAAGUCAGUUUCUAUUUCGCAUAACCACUAUUUUGCUGUAGGAAAGCGUGUGAAUUCUGUACUUUUAGUUGGUUAAAGAGAGGUUUGAUAGCUUCUAAUUUAGUUAGCAAACACCCAGAGGAGAUGAUUGUCUCAUCAAGGUACCAAUAUGUGCUUAAUCGGAUACCAUAAAACUUCUAGAAAGCUUUUGUUGAAGUUUGUUGAAAGUUUAAUAUUCUGUUACCCCAGUUGAAGGAAGUUACUUUUGAGCUUCUUUUUUAUUGUGGAUUUUUGGUUUUUGAAAUGUUUUGAUUUAAAGUAAUUUCAGACUGAUUGUUUGACUAUUUUUGCACUGUGAUUUUUGAUGACAGAAAAAUGCACUUGAGCGAAAGAACAGAAUAUUUCUGAUUUCUUGCUAAACUGAAUUACAUUUUUGUGUAACCAAGUAAUUUGGACUGUUUCUUAUUCUUUUUAAACUAAAAUGACAUACCAAGUCAUUGUGAUUUAAUCACUUUGUUGAAUCAUUGAAUUGUGUUACCCCACGAGCACUUAUGUUGUGAAUUUGUAGACUUUGUUUCAGAUGCAUGGAACCAAGUUUUAUGUUGGAAACACUGUCACUUUUCAAGAAAAAAAAAUAGUUUGUUUAUAUGUGUAAACAAGUCCUUUGUUAGUCUUGUAAGUUCAAACUGAAGUGUAUUAACAAUGGCACUGUGUUCUCCAAUAAAACAUUGAAUGAAAGAUCAA